UGAAGGCGGGAGCCAGAGGGAGUUCGGGGAAGCGAUCCUUCCGGAAGUGACGUUCACGUGGGCGGGACCUCGGCGACACGGGGGCGGGGGCGGGGACACUUGGCCGCCGCCCCGGGCUGGAGGUGAGCGGGAUGGGACCUGCGGGAAGUGUUUGUGAGUCCCGCGAAGGUGCAGGCCCCCUUGUGAGCAGCAGACCGGCCUGGUGGCUGGCAGCAGGACACCCGAGCCUGCAUGCUGAGGAAGAUGGGUGAGGCGGUGGCCAGAGUUGCGAGGAAGGUCAACGAGACGGUGGAGAGUGACUCUGACACCCUGGAUCUGGCCGAGUGCAAGCUGGUUUCUUUCCCCAUCGGCAUCUACAAGGUCCUGCGCAAUGUCACCGACCAGAUCCACCUCAUCACGCUGGCCAACAACGAGCUCAAGUCCCUCACCAGCAAGUUCAUGACCACAUUCUGUCAGCUUCAAGAGCUCCGCCUGGAAGGGAACUUCCUGCACCGCCUCCCCAACGAGGUCAGCGCCCUGCAGCACCUCAAGGCCAUCGACCUGUCUCGGAACCAGUUCCACGACUUCCCUGAGCAGCUCACCACCCUGCCGGCACUGGAGACCAUCAAUCUGGAGGAGAACGAGAUUGUGGAUGUGCCCGUGGAGAAGCUAGCUGCCAUGCCUGCCUUGCGCAGCAUCAAUCUCCGCUUCAACCCGCUGAACGCCGAGGUGCGCGUCAUCGCCCCGCCACUCAUCAAGUUUGACAUGCUCAUGUCUCCAGAGGGCACGCGGGCCCCCCCACCUUAGGCCUCCCUCCUCAUGCCCACCCAGAAGGGACAGAAGCCACUUGGCCUGGGACCCUGAGGGGAGGGAGCCCCAAGGGCCUGUGGGAGGCCAAGCUUGGAGGGCUGGGGAUGGGUGGGCCCAACAGCGCGUGGGAGGGGGUGCAGCGGUCCAGGAUAGAUAGCUUAGAGCUGCAGAGGGUCCUGGAAUGCCCAGAGGAGGAGGCGAGAUGGGGGCUAGAGCCAGGACUCUGGGCAUUCAUAGCCUCUGUGCAAACUUGGGCAGGCCCCCACCCUCUCUGAGACUUACAGUUCCGGGAAAGGGCUUGUGGCAGUGGGUCUCUGCCUCCUUGGGCUCCUUGGAGGCCUUUUAGGGACACACGCCACCAAGUCUUCAAUUCCUCGGUAUCUUCUGAGCUCGCAGCUGAGCAUCGCUGAGCAUUUCUUGGGCCCCUGUGGGUUGAGGCCUUGCUUCUAGUGCUGAGAGCCAGUCGCUGCCCCAAGACGAACA